CUCCAUAAUUUCUGACGAUUCUGAUUCCAGUGAAGGCUCACCUCCUCCACAUUUUUUUUUUUACCACAAUUUUGAACUCAAACUUAUUUAUUAGCCAAGUAAAUAAAAAAUGCCACUAAUUAUUAUAACAGGUCUACCAAAUAGUGGCAAAACUACCCGAGGAAUAGAAUUAAAAAAUUAUUUCGAAAAUGUUCAUAACAAAAAAGUUGAAAUAAUAAGUGAACUACAGACGAUUGUCAAAGCGGGUUAUGACAAAAAUACAUUUUAUGCAGAUUCGAAAAAAGAAAAGGCAAUACGUAAUGACAUAAGAUCCAGUACGCAGCAUCAAUUAAAUUCAAAAGAUAUUUUAAUAAUUGACGGGAGUAAUUACAUCAAAGGGUAUCGUUAUGAACUUUACUGUUUGUCUAAGUCAUUUAAAACCCCGCAGUGCACUAUUUACUGCGACAUUCCUGUAGAAAGAGCCUGGUUACUGAACCAACAGCGACCGGAUUCUGAUAAAUAUUCACAGGAAAUUUUUGACGCACUCGUUAUGAGAUAUGAAAUGCCUGAUAAUAAAAAUAGAUGGGACUCUCCUCUAUUUUCAGUUACUCAGGAUGACAAAUUACAAUUAGAUGAUAUAUAUCAUUCAUUAUAUCUCGUUAAACCUCCUAAACCUAAUAUGAGUACUCAGACUCCACAAGUAUCAUCAACCAAUUAUUUAUAUGAACUCGAUAGAAUAUCCCAGGAGAUAAUAAACGAAAUUAUAGAGGCUGAAAAAUUGGGUAUCACAAAUGACAUAAAAUUAUCACGACAUAAUUUAUCAGUCGACCGCGGAGCAAAUGCUGCACAAUUAAAUCGUCUGAGGAGGCACUUUCUUGCGUACAGCAAAAUGUUGCAUGUUGAAGUCAACCAGAUCCCUUUAUUAUUUGUUAAAUAUCUCAACACAAAUAUGUGAACUGUAAUUGUGAUUACUAAUUAAUUUUCUUACCACAAUCUAAUUAUUUUUAAAUUAAAUUGUACAAUAAAUAAUUAUUUAUAGAAAUUUUAUAAUUACAA